UGUAGCGCUGCCUGUUUACAAAGAUUUGAGGUUAAAGUAUUCAUAAACAGCUGAAAUUUCUAAUUGUUUAAAAUACAUCGAAAACAACAUUUAGUAAUGUGUAAAAUAUUGUUAUUAUUCUUUAAAAUUCGAUAUUAAUAAGUUAUUCUAUUUUGACAAAUAAUAAUGGACGAUAAUAUAAGUAAUAUUUGUGUGGCUGAAAUGUCAGAGAAAUCACGAAAGAUCAACACAAGAUUUCAUCCAAACCAUGGCGAAAAUAUUAUUCUUUAUGAUGAUAAUACUGUAGCUUAUCGUAAAGCAAGUUUUGCAAAUGCAUUAACAUUCAGUGAGAAACCUUUACAACCUGGAGAAAUAUUUCUUUUAGAAAUUGAAAAGCAUGAAAGAGGAUGGAGUGGUCAUAUGAGAUUUGGUUUGACACAAAUUGAUUUGAAAACUGUUGAUAAAAAUGGGUUACCCCAAUAUGCAUUACCUCAUUUAGUUGAAAUGGGGUCUACUUGGGUAUUUGCUAUCACACAGAGCCCAAAUAUUUACUAUAGUAUUGAUAGUGGUGGGUUACCUCACCGAGAGAAGAAAUUAAUUACUGAUGGAGUAACAGUACAAACUUCACGAGGAAGCAUUCCAUACACUUUGCUUAGGCCUAAUACAGUUGGUCCAUCACAAAACAUAUUACCUACAGAAACUGGCAGUCGUAUUGGAGUCAUGUAUGUACCACAACCUGGUACAGAUUUAGCAGAAAUGCAUUUUAUUAUUAAUGGUGAGGACCAAGGAGCAUGUGGAAAAGAUAUUCCUUAUAAAGAAAAACCCAUACAUGCAGUUGUCGACGUGUACGGAACUACAAAACAAGUUAGAAUUAUUCAACUCUACGGUGUUUCCACGUUACAAAGUGCGUGUCGAGAUGCUAUCCUACAAUACACAAAAAGAAAUGCGGUAAAUUCAUUACCGUUACCACAAAUGUUAAAGAAAUUUUUAUUGUAUCAAUCACAAUGACAUGAAAGCCAGUAAUAAUGCCAUACUUCCUUUGCUUCAAUAUAUUCAAGUGUAAAAUAAAAAAUCAGGCAGGUCCUUUUAUCAUAAAUAAAUUCAUAUACAAAAAAAUAAGCUUAAUUAUCAAUAUUUAAUCAAUAAUAAAAAAAAACUUAUUGGUAAUUCAUUAUCCAAUAUCUUUUUCAAAAAAAUUUUGUAAAUUAUUGUAUUUUGUAAGUUAUAUUUUAUAUUUAUCUUUUUAAUGUUUUUUAAUCGAUUAAUACUUAUAAUUAAUCAUUGUAACUCAUUAAUUCACUAUUUAAGA